AUGGCGAUGGGUACCGUCAGCGAUGAUGAGAUCUCUCUUACCUCCACCAUUGAAAGUGACCAACAGUCUGAGUAUGAAGUCAAAACAAUCCUGUCGGAAGAUCUAUUUGAAGAUGGCAUGAGAUAUCUCGUUGAGUGGGCGGGUUAUCCGAUUGAGAGAUGUACUUGGGAGCCCGCCGAUGCCUUUGGUGAUGAUGAGACUUUGCGCGACUGGAAGAGAAAGAAGCGACUUAUUGAGGACGGGAAACUCGAAGCGUUCGAUGUGGCUUCUUGGGAGGCCAGGAUCAUUCAGCUGAACGAAGAACGGGAACAGAGAAGGCAGAGAAGAGCAGCUAAGCGAGAACGCAACAUCGCUUUGUCUGGGUCAAGCCAUGGCAGCCAAGCUGUUCCAAGCAAGCAAAGGCCUGAAGCCUCGAGUGCUUCAAUCCCCCCUCUGAACACAACCCCCAACUCUGCUGCACCCCGUCCGGUAAACCCUCCCAGACAGGGGCCGGCAGCUCGGAAGCUGCCACCUGUGCUAUUCGGAACAAGCCAAAAGGCUCCAAUGACAUCUCGCCCUAAGAAGACCCCUUCAACUGACACUCACAAAACUUACACGUUGUCUUGGAAGCAUAAAUUUGAGAAGAGGGCUCAGAGGGAUCGCGUUCCAGACAUAAAUCAACUUGAACUCAGGCGGCCAUCCGACUGGGCAACUGCUCGGUCUGCCGGCGCAAUUCAGUUUAGCAGUUCUCGUCGAGGUCCAGUUCAAGUCGAGACUAGCAACGCCAGUCCCACGGACACAGACAGGCCGGGCUCAUUGCUGAAUUCACCCAUAUUACCCCAGCAUAUCCAAGAGUCUCCGGCCUCUUCACCCCGGUCAAACGACGCCACUCGAGAAAACUCCAAGCCUGGAUCAAGCGACCAAAUCCACCCAUCUCGCAGGGCAUUUGUACCCACGGCUCCAAGUGACUCGCGGAUCAUGGACCAUGGGGAUUUGCCAGAAAUGCCCCCCAGGAUACCGGGUUCGAAGGCGAGAUUCGUAAAAUCAACCCGUGGUCGCUUCUGGAACUUUGGGGAAUUCUACGUUUCCCUGUAUUUUGGCCAAGAUAAGCAGGACAUUGGAAAUGCGAGGCUAUGUGGCAUUGACACUCGUUAUGCAAAAAAGAUCCUUUCAACAAAGGUCGGUGACAAGAUCGAGAUUUGGUUUCGCUAUCUGUGUACCCUAGAUGAGUACCAACAACUUUGUGAACGGUCGAGAAAUCUCAAGUUCUCCAAUGGAUGGAUUGAGGGCUUUGAUGACACAGAGCCAAGGAUUCGCACAAUAGCCGAGACACUCCAGCAGAACAGUCUGCUUGCGAUAGCUGAGAUCAAUAACAGGACAGACGACGUGCUGCUUGCAUACCUACCCAGAUCUCCUGUCUUCAGCUUUCUGGAUGAGACUCCUACCGGAUAUGGACAGAGUUAUCUUAGACUUGCUCUAAGGAGCUAUCUCGGACCCUUGGACAGGCUGAAUUCACGUCCGAUAAUAAACCGCCCGCAGCUCACAAGCCCUGUUAUCAGCUCCCCUACCGGUUAUUUUGAGUCAAUAAAAGGAAAGGCAUCAAUAGGCGCCAAACAACUAGAUAAACCCGACGUUGCACAGGGGAUCACUGGAAAAUUGCCUCUCGAUCCGCCCACUCUCGGUGUACAACACUCCACCAGUUCAGUACCAUCCCCUGCUUCCACCAGACCCGGUGCAUAUGAUAUACCGACACAGCUGAAAUCUCACAUACCCGAAAACUCUGACCACCUGAUAAGCGAGCCUAUGGACCUCGACACACAGAGUGCUCAAGCCCCGGGACAGCCGGACAACGCCGAAGGACCUUCGAAUGCGAUGGCGAAUUGGGACGAUGAAUUCUCAAAGAGGUUCAAUAUCACCUUUGACGAUUUGGCAACGCUCGGCGCUGCUGUAAAGGGUCAAAAGGCGGAUAUGUUUUACGUCUGGUUUCCAGACGACUCAGAAAUGGUCAGGAGGGAAAGGGAUGCGAUGGAGUCAUUUUUGAAACUACACACUCGUCUUUUAUAUUCCAAUCGUGUUGAAGGAGACUGGGAAAAGUUUGUAGCUACCAGCAGGAAAGCCAAUAUGCCCGGCGCUAUCCUUUUUCAUGAAUCUUUUAUCGACUAUCACAAAGUUCCUUUGCUUAGAGACCUCCUCCAUAGAUCCGUGACGGUUUGCUGGAAUAUCUCGCUUUCACAGCCACUUCAAUACGUCGGCCAUGAAGUUCAUAAACAGCGGUUAUUCCCUCAUGGUGGCAUUUUCCUAAUCACUGAGGAUUUCAUGGUCAGUCGGCUGGACGCCACUUUAACCAUCCUAGCGUGGUUUCACGACUGGUUGCAGAAGAAGUUUCCUGGACACUGGAAGCUAAUGCUUCGCCCUGGCGUUCAACAAUGGGUUUUGAAGCAAGCAGAGCUCAGCGAUGAAUCGCAACAGCCCAAGUGGCUUGCAGUGUAUCAUCUGCUAAGCCAACUCGGUGUUUCGGCAUCUGAUGACCCGAACUUCGAAGCCGACUACAUCAAAACAUUCGUUAUCUCCCCCCCAACUCUUCCCAUGUACGGUUCACGAACUACUGAAGAGUCUCCCGAUGUUCCCCGUGAUGCUAGCCAAGAAUGCCGCGACACCGAUCACCUAGCAGAGUUCUUUGCGGGCUGGGGCUUGGUCUAUGCUCACCGAUUUCGACGAUUCAUCAUGCUCACAGGUCUCGAACCUCUCCCAAGAUGGACACAGUGGCAACAUGUUGAAAUUAAACGCGGGGCUGGAGACUUCUUUACAGCAUUCUCAAUCGACUCUAGUGCCGUUUGGUCAAAAUUGACAAAAGGCGUUCCAAAACCAGCUUCACAUAGUGAAACUCUCCCAGCCUACACACCUCGAACACCGAGACAACCCGGCACCUCCGCCUCUGAACAGCGACUUGCGUCGUCGGCAUCUCAUUCGCAGGCUUUAUUGAAACAUAAAUACGCCCAGCCAUAUCAGUGA